GUGGCGCCCGGAUCCCAAGUGGAGAUGAACAAUAUGAAGAAAAAUAGAGCUUUGGAACUCUAUGAUGACAACAGGCUGGCAUGAAUGAGAAGUUCCAGUAUGGCUUCUGCACCAACUUCUAAAUAUAAUUCACGCUCCUUGGAAAAUGAGUCUAUUAAGAGGACUUCUAGGGAUGGAGUCAAUCGGGAUCUCAGUGAGGCUGUUCCUCGACUUCCAGGAGAAAUUCGCAUUACUGACAAAGAAGUUAUUUACAUAUGUCCUUUCAAUGGCCCCAUUAAGGGAAGAGUUUACAUCACAAAUUAUCGUCUUUAUUUAAGAAGUUUGGAAACGAAACUUUCAUUGAGUCCUGUGGUGAAUCUAACAUCAUGCCAGGAUUCUGCUCUAAUACUUGAUGUUCCUUUGGGAGUGAUCUCAAGAAUUGAAAAAAUGGGAGGCGCCACAAGUAGAGGAGAAAAUUCCUAUGGUCUAGAUAUUACUUGUAAAGACAUGAGAAACCUGAGGUUUGCAUUGAAACAAGAAGGCCACAGCAGAAGAGAUAUGUUUGAGAUCCUCACAAGACACGCCUUUCCUCUGUCCCAUAGUCUGCCAAUAUUUGCAUUUGUAAAUGAAGAAAAGUUUAACGUGGAUGGAUGGAUGGUUUAUAAUCCAGUUGAAGAAUACAGAAGGCAGGGCUUGCCCAAUCACCACUGGAGAAUAACUUUUAUUAAUAAGUGCUAUGAACUGUGUGACACUUACCCCCCUCUCUUGGUGGUUCCAUUUCGUGCCACAGAUGAAGAUCUCAAGAGAGUUGCAACUUUCAGAUCCCGAAAUCGAAUUCCAGUGCUGUCAUGGAUUCAUCCAGAAAACAAGACAGUCAUUGUGCGUUGCAGUCAGCCUCUCGUCGGUAUGAGUGGUAAACGAAAUAAAGAUGAUGAAAAAUAUCUUGACGUCAUCAGGGAGACUAACAGACAAAUUUCUAAACUCACGAUUUAUGAUGCAAGACCCAAUGUCAAUGCAGUGGCCAAUAAGGCAACAGGAGGAGGAUAUGAAAGUGAUGAUGCAUAUCAUAACACCGAGCUUUUCUUCUUAGACAUUCAUAACAUUCAUGUUAUGCGGGAAUCUUUAAAAAAAGUCAAAGACAUUGUUUAUCCCAAUGUGGAAGAAUCUCACUGGUUGUCCAGUUUGGAGUCAACUCAUUGGUUAGAACAUAUCAAGCUUAUUUUGACAGGAGCCAUUCAAGUAGCAGACAAAGUUUCUUCAGGGAGGAGCUCUGUGCUUGUGCACUGUAGUGAUGGAUGGGACAGGACUGCCCAGCUGACGUCCCUGGCCAUGCUGAUGUUGGACAGCUUCUAUCGGAGCAUCGAAGGGUUUGAAAUAUUGGUACAAAAAGAAUGGAUAAGUUUUGGACAUAAAUUUGCAUCUAGAAUAGGUCAUGGUGAUAAAAAUCACGCGGAUGCUGACCGAUCUCCUAUUUUUCUCCAGUUUAUUGAUUGUGUAUGGCAAAUGUCAAAACAGUUCCCUACAGCUUUUGAAUUCAAUGAACGAUUUUUGAUGACAAUUUUGGAUCAUCUGUAUAGUUGCCGGUUUGGUACUUUCUUAUACAACUGUGAAUCUGCUAGAGAAAGACAGAAAGUUACAGAAAGAACAGUUUCUUUAUGGUCGCUGAUAAACAGUAAUAAAGACACAUUCAAAAAUCCCUUCUAUACUAAAGAAAUCAAUCGAGUUUUAUAUCCAGUUGCCAGUAUGCGUCAUUUGGAACUUUGGGUGAAUUACUACAUUAGAUGGAACCCCAGAAUCAAACAACAGCAGCCAAAUCCAGUGGAGCAGCGUUACAUGGAGCUCCUGGCAUUGCGCGACGAAUACAUAAAGCGGCUGGAGGAGUUGCAGCUCGCCAACUCUGCCAAGCUUUCUGAUCCCUCGACUUCACCUUCCAGCCCUUCACAGAUGCUGCCCCACGUGCAAACGCACUUCUGAGAGGGAGCCUUGCCCAAUGCUGAGUUUGAGCUCUGAAUAAAGGAAAUAGUUGACUUUCAUUUGGGGCCUCUGUACAAAGUAGAUUAAAAUAUUUGCCUCCAUGUAGAACUUGAACUAACAUAAUUUUACUCUUGAAUAUGUGCCUUCUAGAUUACAUAUUACAAGAAAACUACAGUGUCUACACGGCAGUCAGAAGAAAGGAGCCCAGAUGGGGUUUUGGAAAAAUUCUGAUACCUUUCAAAAAAAGUUUUUGAAAACAAUAAAGCUUAAAUUUAAUUUGCCUCUUUAGAAGUGCUGUGUAUACAAUAUGUAAUUUAUGGGCUUAAUUGCAACAACAUUAUUUUAAACUAAAGGGGAUAAACGUUUUGUGAAAUGGAUUUUCCUCAGGUUGCUUAAAAGCAUUGCUUCAUAUUAUCUAAAACGAAUGCAGAUGUGAAAGGUGUGUUACUGCCAAAACCAAAUUGAGCUCAGCUUCUGAGGCAUUAUCCAAAAGCAAGGUAUUUCAAUAAUUGCCAAAUUUUAUACCAUCAUAAGUGGUGACUUAAGGAGAACUAGCUGUGUAGAUUAAAUUUUGGAAUAUGAGGUGUUUUCCCCUAAUUUUCAAGAGAAGCAUAUUUUUAUAUUUAAAAAAAACUGAUGGGGCCCAGUUUAAUAUGAUUUGAUUUUUUUAAACUUUGCCAGUUCUAUUUUCUAAGUUUUUCCUUGAGCUUGCCUAAAAUUCUGACCCCUUUUCAGGUUGUGGGAAACCACUUAGAUAGCACUGUGCAAGGAUGUCGGGUGUCAUAUGCUGCUGAGGUGAAUGUUUUCGCAAAUGUUGCUCUAGUCAAACCAGCUUAUCUGCCAAAGCGUAGGGUUGACCAUCUUGGAUGUUUGAGCUAUUGCUAAAGCAUCAUUUUUUUAAAAAAAUAAAAGCUGCAGAUGUACAUUUGUUGAGCGUAUUCUUGAAAGUAUUGUGUUUAUUGAUUUCUAUUCAAAUGAUGUUGGGUGCCCCUCCUCUCAAGCGUGCAUAAAAACUGAUUCUACAAAUUUUUACUUGAAUACCUGGCAGUUUGCUUUUUCAGGUUUUUGUGUUUGUUUUUUUUCUGUAGUAUUAAGUGAAAUUUCAAAUGCAGUUCUAUUUGAUAUCUGAACUAAUUCAUUUAGUAAGUAUAUUUGUAAAAGUUAAAGCUAGAGUGAAAGCAAUUAAUGUGUUUUACAAUGAUCUGUAAAGGACUAUUUAUAGCUAAUAUGGUUAUGUUUUCAAUGAAUAAGAGAGAUUAAAUAUAUCUUUGUAAAUUAUUUUAUGUCAUAGUUUAAUUGAUCUAUCAAAUAAGACAUCUCAAAAACAGUAGUAUAAUGUAUAAAUUUUGUAUGUAUAAGAAAUUUUAUUAGACAUUCUCUUGCUUUUUGUAAACGCUGUAAAUAUUUCAUAAAUUAACAGUGUCACUCCAUAAAAAGAAAAAAAAAGCUAAAUACUAAUAGCUUAAAGGAUUUUGUGAAAUUUCAUGAAACAUUUUUCAUGGCAAUGAUGACUACAGACCUGCUGUAAUAAAUAUAUUAACUCAACAUA